AUGGAGGACGAGGACAACAAUUCUAGUGAGACCGGCAUUCCAUUGCUCAUUUUGGAGCUUGGUCAUCCUAUUCCAUCCAUAGCAACUAACUGGCAGAGUUAUGCAAAUCUCGUAGAAAUUGGAGUAUCUUCGAUCGAUCUUAGCGAUAACGAAGAUACAAAAAGCAACGAAGAAGAUGAUGAUAAGAGGAUGAGAGAGGUUACUGAUUCGGCGAUACGGAGAGCGUUCAGAGAAGAUGAGAGUCGUCGGAAUGCUCUGUUGACGGCCGAGACGGCGACGAGAGUGAUGAAGGCGAUGCGUGGAGUGUCGUUCGGUGGAUUUGCUCCCGAUUGGGCGAAUCGAGUUCUUGAAGAUCAGUGGAUCAAUCAAAUCAGAAGAUUGAGGCCACCAGAGACCACAAUUCACCAGAAUUGA